AUGGUUCUCGAAUUCCCAACCUCUCGUAACGGGUGGAAGUUAGAUGCAGUUGGCCUCCUCGCAGUCAUCGGCGAGACAACAACUGAAAAAUGCGCCGAGCCAAUGACAGCCUCGUACCUCUGUCUUCUUCCCCGUCUCAUCCCAGCACCACAAGCUCUAAUCCGCCCAAAUCGACGUGAGUCUCUUGCCAGAGUGCCUGCCUCCAUCGUUGGAGUUCAUACAGGUAUGGUCCAAACCCAACUGCCAUAUAUCGCCAACCAGAUCCACCCCAUUGCGGAUAUUCCUCCUUAUGCUGUGAUUGUGCUUGAAAUCACGCACCACCCAUCGAUGCAUCCCCCGAGAACAAUACCAGACGACGAGUCUGGCACCAUCGGCACUCCUGUUCGCAGGACUACAAACUUGGAGAGAAUCAAGUCAUUCAUCCCUCCCCGCCCUCAACCGUUAAUGAAGACAAAAGCCAUGGCGCCUCAUAAUGUUCUAAGCGUCCUCUCAACGUUCCUGACAAUCGCUCUUCUUAUCUGGGCCAUUGUCAUUGGGGACGGCGCAGCGACCAUAGCAAUCGUGCUCCUGUCUUGUGCAACGACCCUGUUCUGCGCGGCCGCUCUCUGGAGCCCACCCAACAGGCUACCAACAAGGCAUAUGGCGCCUGUCCCCCCCGGCGAUGUAGUGAUACGCACCGGGUACGGCGCGUUCCUCAUAAUAAAGUGCGACGAGAAUGUUGCGCGAGAGCUAUAUUUCGGCACCGAGGAAGUCGUCCAGGUGAUCACGAGAGGCUUCGGCUCCUGCGUGGGCGCCGGGACCGUCGUCUUCAUGGUUGCCGUCAUCAUGAUGGGCAACUGCUCCUGGACCAUGCAAGCUGCGCUCGCCGUCACGUACCUCGUGCUCAACGCCGUGUAUUGGUUUGCUGCUCUCCUGCCCUCGAAAACCCACUGGGAGUUUCCUCGAUACCAGUGGAGAGAUUUCACGCCCGAAGAUGCCAAAUACCAGGAUGUAGCCAUCGGUGUGACAAGUAGACCUUCAUUUACUCGGUCCCUGUGGAGGGCGAUUCUGGAGACAAAAUCGGUAGGUUGGGUUAGGAAGGGGGGUGCUGCACCAAACACUCCUAUUUGGAAUGAAUGGUUGGAUUUGGCAGAGAUGAAUGCUCAAAAUGGCAAUCGCCGUUGGCCAUUUUUGGAGGAAAAGAAAAGGAUAGAGGAUGCUUGGAUGGAGAAAGAACUUCCGAAGCCAAGGUCAUGA